CCCCGCGUGGCUUUUGAUGCUCUCGUCGCACCCCACCCCGCUUCUUUCCCGCCAAACGCUCCCGCCUGUUUCUGGUUCGUCUCUCUUCCUGUCUCCGCCCCCCCUCCCCCUUGUGGGUUGUCUCUCGUGUUCUGUCCCACCUACCUGGUCGGGAAUGUGAGCGAACGCGCACAGGCCCGUGCACAGGCUGGUGUACGGAGGGAGAUUUUGUAUAUAACGAACUGCACAAGAAGUUUGCGAUCGGGGCAGAGCGAGCACAGGCGACUUUUCUGCGCGUGUCAGUUUCUUGUGUGUUUACGCGUGAAGUAGCUGACUCGCAUCUAUUCUGCGGCUUCGUGUCCUCUUUCACCUUCCUCUCCUCCGUUCCAUCCUCUCUCGGCUAUGGCGACGAUCAAGCCGGUUCGUGGCUUCAAUGCCAAGCGUGAGAUCGAGCUUUUUCACUCUGCUGUAGAAGGUCUGAAUUCUGACGCGCAUGAUGAUGCGGUCGAAAAUCUCGUCACUCUCGCUGCGAAAAGAUCGUGGGACCAGCGGGCUGAGAUAUGGUCUGGGUACAAGAAAACCUUCGGCGAGGAUCCGAAGGAGGCCUUGAAGGCGAAGUUGGGCGGCUCUCGCUUCUGCCACGCCUUGUUGGCGCUCUUUCAACCAGCCCCCGAGCGCGAUGCCGAGUGGUUUCACAAUGCUAUGGCGGGUCUCGGGACCAACGAGAAGCUUCUUUGCGAGCUCGCAGCGACGCGCACUUCCCGCCAGCUGAAGGCCAUUUCUUUGGCCUAUGAGAAGCUGUACGGGAAGGAACUCGCUGGUGAUAUCGCGGGAGAGGUAGGUGGUUGGGUUGGCAAGAUGCUUGUCAAAUUGGUAACGGUUCCCCGGUCGGAUACUGUAGCCGACGAGGACCGCGCUUCUGAGCUCGCACAGAAGCUCUACGAUGCCGGAAAGGGCAAAUGGGGCACAGAUGAGGGUGUGUUUGUUGAUAUUCUGACUUCGGAGAGCAAGCCUACUCUCAAGGCCGUCUUCACUGCCUACCUUUCCAAGUUUGGAGAGGAUAUUAUUGAAGUGAUCGAUGACGAAUUCAAUGGAAAGGAGGAGGAUGCGUUGAAGUACCUCGUGCGGGCUAUUUUGUCUACACCACAGGUUUUCGCGGACGCAAUCAAUGACGCUGUGGCUGGCAUCGGGACUGACGAAGGUGCUCUUAUCCGUUUCAUCUGCGCCCGUGCUGACAUGGACCUGGAAGACGUCAAGGUCGCGUUCGAGGAGAAGUACAAGAAGCCUCUUGCUGAGAGAAUUGCCGCGGACGAGGGUGGAGAUCUUGGAAAGCUCCUUGUUGCCGCAAUUCACUAAAGCGGAACGUAUUUGAGCGAAUGAGAGGGAAGGUUUUCCUUUCUCUCUCCCUCUCUCCCCCUCUCUUUGUUUUUCUCUCUUUAUUCACAUAUAUGUAAGUACGCACUUGUAGUAGGGCCGUAUAUGUAAGUUGUUCAAGACGUAGGCGUAAGAACGAAUUUUCGUUGGAGGCGGAGAUUUCGCGGUUUUCCGCGUUGAGGUCGGCUUUUUUUUUUGCCCCAGACUACCACCGCAUUCCACACUUUUUGCACUCACCCGCGAGAGAGUGGUUUCUCGACGUCUUUUUUUUGUGGAGGGGAUGGGGCCGCGAAGAAGUGCUUGGAGGUGACCGAUGGAUUAUUCCGACGCUGUCUUCCUAAUGGACUUCGUAGCUUGAAGGCAAACCGUUUUGUACAACCUUGGGAGUCUCCGGAUGCCUUUUUUUUUUCCCCCCUUCGGUUACAGAUUUCAUGAUGUCUCUCUUUUGCAUUUGUUUGUUUUUUCUGUUGUUGUUGUCGUCUAUUGAUUGCGAAACCAUGAUCUGUAUCGUUUUGCUUGUCAAAUCAGCUUCUUCACGCUCUCUAAACCGUUUUGUUCGUGCAAUCUUUUCUACUAUAGGAGGCCCUUCGUGUAUUCUUAUGUUGUUCGCUGUUGGCCUUUGGGGUGUGUUCAUAGGAUGUUUCUUUUCCUUCAUCAUGCUCAAGACGUGUGAUUUUUUUCGAUCCUCGGUUGGAUCUACCUGUGCGGAGAGGAGUCGACCAUCGGUGAAAUCAGUUGGGACCAAAGCGCUCGUCGCACAACUCACCG